ACAGAUUACGAGAACGCCAUUGGUUGUCGAGCGGCCAAUUAUGAAGAUCGUAGGUCUAGUUCUCUUGAAGUAGACUUUAGCGCAUCAGUCAUUGUGGAAACUUGUGUGGUGUUACAAUGGCUCACAGGUUAGCAACUUACAUAGGCCUGGUAGCCUGUCUGGUAGCUGCCGUGGCAGGGAAGGGUGUACCGAUAGACGAUGACGAGUACCAGGCGAUAUUCGACGAUAACCACACCUUCGUCGGAGAAGGAUACGUUCCCGAUAGCGGACAUUCCGCUGCAGGAAUCCUACACGGGUUUCUGAACUUGGAGAGAGAUGCACAUCCCGUAACGACUGAGAAACCUGGCAGUGUCUCUUCGAUGUACGUAGACAGUCGCCUUGCUGGCAAUUUCCUCUACAGUCUUCUUGGCUUCGUCCUCGGCGGAGGUCUCCUUUUCGUCUCGCUCUUCGACCCAACGAGGAAACCGGUGAUCAGGUUCUUCGACAAGCUCUUCGGGAACAGAGUCAAUAGACGCAGGAGGGACAUAGGACAGGGACUAGAGGGUCACGUCGCUACGGCUUUCGACGCCUUCACCAAUGCUAUUGACAAAAUGGAGCUGGUUUCUAAGAUAGCACGGCAUUAAGACUUCCAGUUUUAGACUCUAUAUUUUUAAGGAUAACUAUGGUAACUUGAAAGUGUAUUAAAUAUCUUCAAAUAUUUAAAUGUAUAACAAGAAUUUAGAUUCAGAAUGAAUGUUAAAAUAAAAUAUUUAACAUUACUAAA